AAAAUACAUGAAAAAUUCUAAACGAGCAGUGAGUGCGUUAUAACAAAUAAAAGUUUUACAAAAAAAAAAAAAAAAUAUCGAAUUUUCCUAGAAUUAAAAGAAAAUUAAAAAAUAAAAACUAAAUUUGAAUGUUAACGGUUACAUUUAGUGAUAAUUUCGUACAGCCUGAAUGUAUGCAACACUUGUUUGUACAACACAUAUGUUAGCUAAUCGCCAGCAGCUGCAUGCAGACUUUAAAUUUUCGUUUGGAAACUAAUAAUUUUGAAAGUUUAAUUGUAAGCAACAAUUUUAAAAGCUAUUGCUAAAGAGUUACAAACAAAAUGCCUGGAACAAGGCGCAUUAUAUUGGGCCAUGUCAUGUCUGGCCUGUGCAGUAAAAUGAAUCGCACCAAACCUUUGCCCACCGAUGCCAUGGAGACGCCAUUGAAAAGAUGUUUGAAUACUUUUGAUAUAACUUUAUUGGGUAUUGGCCAUAUGGUGGGUGCUGGCAUUUAUGUUUUAACCGGCACUGUGGCCAAAGACAUUGCUGGUCCUGGUGUUAUAGUCUCCUUUAUACUGGCCGCUGUGGUUUCCAUGCUGGCCGCUAUAUGUUAUGCGGAAUUUGGUACACGCGUUCCCAAAGCUGGCUCGGCUUAUGUCUACACCUACAUUUCCAUAGGCGAAUUUUGGGCUUUCAUCAUAGGCUGGAAUAUAUUGCUGGAGCAUAUGCUGGGUGCUGCCUCAGUGGCUAGAGCCUGGAGUGGUUAUGUGGACUCUUUGCUGGGCGGUUGGAUUGAAAAUACUACAUUGUCGAUUAUAGGAGAGCUGCAGGAACCUCAAUUGUUUGCCCGCUAUCCUGAUAUUUUAGCGUUUUUGGUGUGUAUUUUAUAUGCUUUGGCGCUGGCCGUGGGUGUCAAGGCCACCGCUUUAAUCAAUAGUAUUCUAACGGUGGUAAAUAUUGCUGUUAUGGUUUUGGUUAUAUGUGUGGGUUUCUGGUAUGCAGAUGCCAAAAAUUGGUCUCAAUCGGAAGGCGGUUUUUUGCCUUAUGGCUUUAGUGGUGUUAUAGCGGGUGCAGCCACUUGUUUUUAUGCUUUUGUGGGUUUUGAUUCCAUAGCCACGGCUGGAGAAGAGGCCAAAAAUCCCUCGGCUUCUAUUCCUUUGGCUACUUUGUUGUCUUUAAGUGCUGUUUCGGCGGGUUAUAUUUUGGUAAGUGCCGCUCUUACUUUAAUGAUACCAGCCAAUGAUAUAAAUCCAGCUGCCUCUUUGCCGGAGGCUUUUGGUCAAAUGGGUUUGCCUUGGGCCAAAUAUAUCAUAACAGUGGGAGCUUUGUGUGGCAUGACCACCACACUUUUAGGUUCUUUGUUUGCUUUGCCACGCUGUAUGUAUGCCAUGGCUUCGGAUGGUUUGUUAUUUAGUUGCUUUGGCAAAAUUAAUAGCGUUACCCAAGUGCCGAUAUUGAAUUUGGCCAUUUCUGGCCUGUCCAGUGCUUUGUUGGCUUUAGUUUUUGAUCUUAGAAAUCUGGUAGAGUUUAUGUCCAUUGGCACCUUGCUGGCCUACACCAUAGUCUCGGCUAGUGUUAUAAUUUUACGCUAUCGCCCCUUGCCAAUUAUGGAAAACCCCAUUUAUGCUCCUGAUACUCCGGAAAAUGAGGAAGACGAUGAAAAUGAUACCACCUCUCAAUAUAGUAUUGAUACAGCCUCUCCCACCAGUGAUUUAAUAGAAGGUAUGUCUGCCGGUCGCCUUAAACCCAAAUACAAAUGGUUAGAUGCUAUUUUAGGCAGGUUUGAACCGGGCAGUGCUGUUUCUGCCGGCGUGUUACUCUUUACCGUUCUGAGUUUUACUUUAUGCUUCCAACUGAAAACUUCCUGGUCCGAUACAAAGACCGUGACUUCGUGGUGGGCUUUAUUAAUGUAUGGCUUCCUGUUAUUUAUCAUAAUAGCUUGUGUCUUUGUUAUAUCGGUUCACUAUCAAAAUACUAGAGGCCUCAAUUUUAAGGUGCCCUUGGUACCCGUCUUACCCUGCUUCAGUAUUUUCUGCAAUAUAGCCUUAAUGGUACACUUAAGUUUCUUGACCUGGCUGCGUUUUUUCAUUUGGGUUUCCUUUGGCAUGUUAAUCUAUUUUGGCUAUGGCAUACAUCACAGCAAGGAGGGUGCCGUUUGUUCGGCCUACUCCAUGUUAAUGUCCUCCUCAAAUCCAGAACCCAAAAAGUCCCCCUGGGCUGUUACAGGCGAAGAUUUUGAUUUUCUUAUAGGCGCCGGGGGCUCCAAUAAUCGCACAGUAUUUCAACGUUUUAUAGGGCGUAAAAAGAGUGAUAAUCAGCCGAUAGUAGAGGAGGAAUUAGUAGAUGAGGAAAGUGAUGAAAAUGAGGAGUCCUAAGUU